CCCCCUCACAUCUGAGUGAAAAAAUUUGUGGCGUUUUGCUGUUGCUGGUCCUCUUUGUCUUUCAUAUCAUCUUACUUGCGGUAUUCAUCAUGGUUUCUGUUUCUGUUUCUGAUGCUUCUCAUUUCGAACAAUUAUUAUACAAUCUCUCUCGGGUUGUUGUUGUUUGAGUAGUAGUAGGGGCUCGCUAACCGAAGGACAAGUGUUUUUCCCUUUCGGGGCACCUCCUUUUUCUUGCACCUCUGAGCACAUCAGUCAUUUCUAGAGAACAAUAAAUGAAUUAUAUAACUUCAUAAUGGAUCAACAAAUUCUUGGGCCGAGCUUGAUUUGAACAUUUUUUUUCUCAUUUGUCUUUCCUUGUUGUUCCAUCGCUUCAACAAUAUAUACAAAUCUUGCCAAAAUAUAUAUUUUUGCUUCCUUUUAGAUGUUAGUUACUGGUCUUCACUUCAUCCCGCUUCGUCCAUUCCCUCAGUUACUAACUUACUAUAAUCCUCUUUGUCUUAUAUCAAGUCUCUUCUAUCUCUCUUUUUCUCUCUCUUUUUUUUUUUUUUUUUACCCUUCCUCCCUAUAAUUAGAACCAAAUUGCUGAUUCUCUUACUUGAGUUGAGCUUUCUUAUAUUCCAUCAUCACCAAAGUUUCAAACUUCCCCUUCUCCCUAAAAUGGGCUUUGAUCAUUAUGUCAUUUGUGUUCAAAGACUUGGCUUCGUUUGCAUUUGUCUUUUGUUUCUGAUCAUAUCAAGCUGGAUUCAGAAGGGUUUGGUUAUUGAAGGUAGAAAGACUCCAAAACUAAGUAAUUUUCGUCAGACAGUAAGUGAGGAUAAAACUAUGCUGAGGCCACGAAUAGGUUCAAGGCCUCCAAUGUGUGAAAGAAGGUGCAGGUCAUGUGAGCACUGUGAAGCAAUUCAGGUACCCACUAACCCCCAAAUGCAGAACAGAAAGAAAAACUCUUCAAAGUUUUCUUCAAUUGCAUAUGCCAGGGUUGGUGGCAGUUCAAACUACAAGCCCAUGAGUUGGAAGUGCAAAUGUGGGAACCUCAUUUUCAACCCCUGAAUCCAAUUGUAUCUCAAUCUAGUUCUUUUAUAUAUAAUCAAGGAUAUCAUCAAUUUGUCAAUUCUGUACAUGAUUAUCAUACACUCUUAAGUGAUUCUUUCUUUUUCUUUUUUCGGAGCCUUGAUAGUUCUUUCCUCCUUUUCUCCUCACUCUGAGAAACAAGCUUUCAUCUAAUUUAUUUUGUACUUAAUUAUAUCAUAGCCCCCUGAUGCUAUCCUUUUUU